UACUGCAACUCUGCAAGUGCUAGCUCUACUACUCUCUCGAUCCUCUAUCCAUCACCGAGUCUGUGACCCACCCACCACAGGCAACCAUCCACACACACACGCCAUCGUCACCCGACCAAACAAGGCAGCUUAAUAACUAGAGCUGCUUUGCGUGAGUGACCAACCUGAGCUGAGCGGAUCACGCAAAGAAGCUCCGGCGUCUCCAUACCACCAGCUAGCGCCGAUGGGCUUCCCGGCGGUGUACUACUGCGUCAUCCUCCCGCCGCCGCUCCACUCCCUCCUCCACCUCCUCGAGUGCAUCUCCCGCGGCUGCGCCCUCCCGGCCGCGCUGCUCUUCCCCGCCGCCACCGAGCUGCCGCCCCCCGCGCGCGCCGCCCUGCAGGCCGACGGGAUCAAGGCCCGCCUCCCCGUCAUCAGGUUCAGCGGAUCCAGCGCCGACGCGGCGGAGGAGGAGGACGAAGACUCCGACGCUGCUGCGUCGUCGUCCCCGCGCUGCGCCGUGUGCCUGGCCGCCGUGGAGGACGGCGCGGAGGUGAGGCAGCUGCGCCACUGCGCCCACGCCUUCCACCUCCCCUGCAUCGAUCGCUGGGUGGACAUGGGCCACUUCACCUGCCCUCUCUGCAGAUCUCUCCUCUGAAUCUACCUUGUCACUUCUUCCCUCUCCUCUCCUGCUCAUCAAUUCUUUUUUUUUUCCUGUUCAGCUACUAUCUAGCUUAAUUAAUUAGCUUCCAGAUGCUUUCAGCAGCUUGGAUCUUCAUUAGGAUCUACUAGUAUUACUACUGCUAGGCUAUUUCACAUACACAUGUAAUCAUGCACACGCUUAAUUAUGAUAUUAGUAUUAUACAGUCCUAUUACUGUCACACAGGAAAAAUAAAAUGUACUCGCACCUUUCUCUGAAUUUCCUGCUACUCCCGCACAACUUUCUUGGCCUACUUAAUGUUGCAAUUUGUU